CUGCGGGAGCGCUUCCUGCAGCCGCUGAUGGCCCUGCUGUACCCUGACUGUGGCGGGGGCCGGCUCGACAGCCACCGGGCCUUUGUGGUCAAAUACGCACCGGGCCAGGACCUCGAGCUGGGCUGCCACUAUGAUAAUGCCGAGCUCACCCUCAAUGUAGCCUUGGGCAAGGUCUUCACGGGGGGCGCCCUGUAUUUUGGGGGCCUCUUCCAGGUGAGUGUGUGACCCAUGCGGCAGGGCCUGGGGCAGCUGUGAGUGCCCAGGCCUGAGUCAUGCCAUCUGCAGGCACCCACAGCCCUGACGGAGCCCCUGGAGGUGGAGCACGUGGUGGGCCAGGGUGUCCUCCACCGUGGCGGCCAGCUGCAUGGGGCCCGGCCCUUGGGCACUGGUGAGCGUUGGAACCUUGUCGUCUGGCUCCGAGCCUCUGCUGUGCGCAACAGCCUCUGUCCCAUGUGCUGCCGUGAGCCCGACCUGGUGGACGAUGAGGGCUUCGGUGAUGGCUUCACCCGAGAGGAGCCCGCCACGGUGGAUGUGUGUGUGCUCACCUGAGCUUGCUUGGGCCCAGUGUGGGGGUGGCAGGCAGGUGAGGGCUCCGUUGCCUUGGUCUGGGGGCAGAAAUAAAAUCCCCGCAGCCUACUGCACUUCUUGGCUCAAGGGUGUGCCAGCUUCUGGGUCAUUCUCUGGGCAAAGAUGCUGCCUUAGUUCAGGUUUGUCAGAAGCAGAGUCUGGAAUGGGGCUUCAGCAAGGGAGUCAGGGAAGCAGGGGAGGGGAGGGAGCAGCUGGGCAAGGAAGUGGCUUCAGAGGACGUCCAGCCUUAGCUGGCCCCACGGAGAGCUCCAGGCAGAGCCCACGGUACCACAGUGUGCCCACACCAGUGGUUACUGGCUCCUGGAUGAGGGGGCCAGAGAGGAGUGAAUAACUUCCCAGACACUUAUCUCCAGGGCAGGGUGCCUUCCAGUAGCCAAGGGAAGCCUCCAGAGAGCACAGAUGUGAACCCUCAGCAGCAGGCAUCACCCCCAGUGGACUCGGGUGGGCCACCAGUAGCAUCUUCUAGAUGGCAGAGGGGUGAAUGGCAGGGCCGGGAACCAGGCUGCCCGGGUUCCCAUUCUGCUUCUGCCACUUCCAGCUGUGUGGCUUUAGGUGAGCCUUCACCUUUUGGUGCCUUCGUUUCCUCAUUUAGCACCUACCUCCUAGAGCUGUUUUGGGAGUCAAAUGCGCUGACGUAUAUAAAGUGCUUUGCAAGAUCCCUUUGUGUUUGCGGCUGUCGUUAUUGUGGAAGAGUUGCAACUUGGGGGCCCGAGAUUGGAUGAAGCGCACAGCCACGCUUUGGGUUACACAUUUGAAAGUCAGGGGGCUUCAAUAUUGCAGUCUUGAGUUUGGUCUCCCUGGGAAGGUGGGGCACCAGCCCCAUGCCACGUUGCACGGAUCAGCUGGAGCAGAAUCCCGGCUUCCUUCCGGAUGGGCCUGGGGUCCAUGCCCGCACUCACUGCCAAGAUCUUUCUGGCCCCUAUGGACACGAGUUUGCGACCUCUGAGUCACUGGGUGGGCGCGUCGGAAAGACCAGGGCGCCUCAGUCUGGAGCUCGCAGUCGUAUGGAGAGGGCACGACCAGCCGGGGAGGAGGGCGGCGCGCGCGAGGGUCGCCUUCUUCCCAGGGCACCGGGGGCGUGCGUGCUGCGGGCGUGCGCCGAGAGGGCAGCCUUGGAAGCGGGCGCAGCUUCGGCAGACACAGGCGUGAGGGGCUGCGGAGCUCGAGGGCCGGCGCCCCUGCUUGCCUCUGCGGGAGGUGGGCGCGCCCGGGACGGAACGUGGGGCGUCAGAACGAAAGGCAGCGGCGCCGCGCUUCCCAGCCGGACAGCCUCCCGCGCAGCGCCCCGGCCGGAAGCCUCCUCGCCGCCGCUUCCUCCCGAGAAGGCGCGGGGCGGGCUGUCCGGCCCGCAGGGCGGUCGAGCCCGCGGCGCCAUGGCUCACGUCGGCUCCCGCAAGCGCUCGAGGAGUCGCAGCCGGUCCCGGGGACGGGGGUCGGAAAAGAGAAAGAAGAAGAGCAGGAAGGACGCCUCGAGGAACUGCUCGGCCUCCACAUCCCAAGGUCGCAAGGCCAGCACGGCCCCUGGGGCGGAGGCCUCACCUUCUCCCUGCAUCACAGAGAGAAGCAAGCAGAAGGCCCGGAGGAGACCAAGAUCCAGCUCCUCCUCUUCUUCCUCCAGUUCUUCUAGCUCCUCUUCUUCCUCCUCGUCCUCCUCCUCUUCCUCCAGUGAUGGCCGGAAGAAGCGGGGGAAGUACAAGGACAAGAGGAGGAAGAAGAAGAAGAAGAGGAAGAAGCUGAAGAAGAAGGGCAAGGAGAAGGCGGAAGCACAGCAGGUGGAGGCUCUGCCAGGCCCCUCGCUGGACCAGUGGCACCGAUCAGCUGGGGAGGAAGAGGAUGGCCCAGUCCUGACGGAUGAGCAGAAGUCCCGAAUCCAGGCCAUGAAGCCCAUGACCAAGGAGGAGUGGGAUGCCCGGCAGAGCAUCAUCCGCAAGGUGGUGGACCCCGAGACGGGGCGCACCAGGCUUAUUAAGGGAGAUGGCGAGGUCCUAGAGGAAAUCGUAACCAAAGAACGACACAGAGAGAUCAACAAGCAAGCCACCCGAGGGGACGGCCUGGCCUUCCAGAUGCGAGCUGGGUUGCUUCCCUGAGGGCCCCUGCUGGCCAAGGCCUGUGGACGGCGCUGGCGGCCCGGCCUGGGCAGGUUUCAGGGUGCCAGUGGGAAGCCUGAUGGGUGCUGGUGGCCUUUCCCCCGUGGAUUGGUCUCUGGCCCAGCCCAGUCUCUUCUCAGGGGCAGGGGGUGGAGGUUGGGGUCACCGGCCUGCUUGGCACCCCUAUCUGAAAGAGCAGCACUUCUCAGCUAUUAAAGGCCCCCUGGAUAGAC